AUGGCUCCACCGUCAUUCCCGAGCUUCGGUCGCAGCACAGCCGCGCCGAAGCGCAUGCAACCCGCGAAACGAUAUCGACCAGGCAAGCCGAUCGCGGACGAAGUAGAAUCAUCUGAAGAGGAAGACGAAGGUUCUGAACAAGACUCUGAACCAGUGCAGCAAACGCGACCUCCCCCGAGCUCUAAACAAAUUACUUCUGGGCUUCGGCAGGCCAAAUUGGAAGAGGAGGCAGAGGACGAAGAAGGUUUUGUGACGGAAGAAGAUGAAGAGGAUGCUAGAGAGAGCACUUCCAAGCCUCCAGCACAGGCUUCUCCCGGUCAAGCGCGCGUGGAGGUAACGGCAGCUGUGCAGGAGGGAACUGCCGAGUCAGAAGAAGAGGAAGAAGAGGAAGAAUCAGGCUCAGAGGAGGAGUCGGAAGAAGAGUCUAGCUCAGAAGACGAGGCCCCAAAGAGACUACUACUUCGCCCAACAUUUAUUAAAAAGGGCGAGCGUAAAUACCCUGCGACUUCAGGUGUGAGCGGCCAUAUUGCGAACGCUUCAUCGGCGCUCGAUCCCGAAGCAGAGGCUGAAGCCCUACAACGGCGCAAGGCUCAGGCUGAUCUGUUGAUCCGAGACCAGUUAGAGAAGGAUGCUGCUGCCCGGAUAGCCGGUAGGAAGACAUGGGACGAUGAUGCCGACGAAACGGGGACAGGAGUGGACGAAACCCACAUCGACGAUACGGACGGCGUUGACCCGGAUGCCGAAUUAGCUGCUUGGAAACUGCGCGAGCUGAAACGAGUUAAACGCGAACGUGAAGCAAUCGAGAUUGCAGAGAAGGAGCGGGAAGAGAUCGAACGCCGGCGUAACCUUACUGCCGAGGAACGAGAUCGGGAAGAUCGUGAAUUUAUUGAUAAGCAGAAGGAAGAGCGAGAGACCGGGAGAGGGAAAGCAGGGUUUAUGCAGCGGUACUUUCACAAGGGUGCCUUCUUCCAGCCUGACUCGGAGAAACAUGGUCUUACGGAGCGUGACCUUAUGGGUGGUCAAUAUGUGGAUGAGGUCAAGAACCGCGAGGCAUUGCCGGAAUACCUCCAGGUCAGAGAUGCGACCAAGAUCGGGCGCAAGGGGCGAACAAAGUAUCGUGACCUGAAAACCGAAGAUACUGGCCGAUGGGGAGUAGAAAGCUACUAUCGAUCGAACGCACCAGCCAGCAGCGCUGCGCGGUUUGGUAUCAAAGACGAGCGAUUCUUGCCUGAUAGCCGUGACGGCGAUGCUAGGAGAUCAUCAGGGCCAUCAGGAGCGAAUGCAAGUGCAUUGAGAGAACGUCGUAGACCGUCACCUAAUCGACAGGAUAGCCGUCCUCGUUCUCGAUCUCGUUCGCCUCGCCGGCGACGGGACUACUCAAGGUCACGGUCAAGGUCUCCUCCACGAAGAGAUCGAUAUCGUGACGACGAUAGAAGCCGGAAGAAACGCAGCCCCUCGCCUUAUCAAGAUCGAGAUAAGAGACGGAAGGUGGACACAGUGUCAUAG